CUAUGCAGUAAAACUAUGGAAGAUGAUAAUGAUAAUAUUACAAAAUAUCUUUACAAUGAAACUACUGAAAUUUAUACCCAAAGUCAUUUGGAAAACAAUAGUCAACAAUCUUGGAAUUUAACAAGAGUGAAAGAUUCAUUUUCAAAAAUACUAACAACAGUUAGCAGCAGUUUAUGCACUACAACUGUAUCAACAACUACAGAAGAUCCUUUUGAUGAAUUUGGACCACCGGAAGGAGUAGAGUACAUUUUUGUACCUCUUGGUGUAAUAAUAUUUGUUAUAGUACUUUCUGCUGUGGUAAUAAUUAUAUCAAGAAAACGAAAACUAGAACGUUUACGUCAUAGACUCAUGCCUCUAUAUAACUUCGAUCCUGGAGAAGAUGGUGAAGAUGACUGGGAAACAGAAUUACUUGAUGAGGGAUUUAGCAGCCGGCAGAGACGAGUUAGUAAUUCUAUAGCCACUUGAGCAUAACAAACAACAUUCUGAAUAAUAAAGGCUUAAUUAUGCAGCAAGGAUACCAAUCUAUG